AUGCCGCCAGGAAACCCAAAUGGCCCCGAAUUAAUUUGGGACCGGAUCCCAAGCAUCCAGAUCCGACGGGCCCCAGAAGGCGGCCUCGGCGACGAGACCGACCAGCGCUGCUUCACCUACUGCACGCAGUCCGUCGGCGGCCGCCUCGACGGCGCGCCCCCGCGCUGCCGCUCGAUCUGCUUCCGGCGCGUCUUCCCGCACGAGCUCGGGCACAUCAAGAGCAUCCACCGCACCGAGACCGUCGAGCGCCGCGGGGCCCACUCGCACGUCUCCAUCCGCCGCAAGCUCGCGUGGUCCCCCGCGGACUGGCCGCUCCCGCCCGAGGGCCAGCGGCACGACGGCCUGCUCGACGCGAUGCUCGGCCGGUGGCGCGGCCGGCGCGAGCACGACGGCGACGACGACGCGGACCACGACGGGCUCGGGCCCGGCGACACGCGCCGGGGGCCUAAGAUGUGGCGCGAGGGGUGGUACCUCUGGUGGACGCGGGACGCGGACGAGGUCCGGAAGCAGCUCGUCGGGAUGCAGCAGUCGGUCGAGUUCCAGGCGCAGACGAGGGAAUUCAUGGAGACGACGAACAGGGAGUGGGCGAUCAUGGCGACGCGCAAGUGGGUCGCGGACCAGUCCGUGUCGAAGCAGGAGCGCACGCGCCGGGCUGCUGUCGAGCUCUUUGAGAGAGUUAUCGGCCCGCGGAUGGAGGGAGGCCCGGAGGAAGACCAGGGCGACCGUCAAAGGGGUGAUCCACCUUUCCCAGAUACGAGCGAACAUUCAGUCUUGAUACCCUUCCCCUUCCCGUCCAUGGACAUCCCCGACAUCUUCGGACCCGCACGGAGAACGCUCGAGCCCUCGAAACGCGUGCUCUCCCUCACGCACGGGAAGUUCGAGUCUGGAGAGAUGCGGGAGUUCGGCAGGCGAGUGUUCGAGAAAGCGAAGUCGGACGAACCGUGGCGCCUCGCCGCUUUUGCGUGGAGGCGGACGUGGGACAUCCUCCUCAAGGACAAGCCCGCUGGAGACGAUGACGACGACGACCCCCUCGGAAAGGGGCGGAGAGAAGAGGUGAUAAAGCGAGUGGUGGUGGGCUUGCUUGGCUUGCGCUUGCUGGGAAUCGUCGCUGGGUUAUAG